AUGGAUAAAGUUUGGAGACCUGAACGGUUUGAUGUUAUUCCGAACGCCCAAGGCGCUGCAAAACGCUGGACGCACUGGCUCGCGACAUUUGAGAACUUCAUCGAUGCAAUACCGUCCAUUCCUGAUACCCGAAUAAAUAAACUACACAUUCUGGCGAAUUAUGUCACCUCUGAUGUUUAUCAACUGUUCUGUGAUACUGAAACCUACGAUGAAGCCAUCACUACGCUGAAAACCUUAUAUGUCAAGCCUCCGAACGAGAUUUUUGCUCGGCAUAAAUUAGCAACACGGAAACAACAAGCUGGCGAAACCCUUGACGAAUACCUACAAGAACUGAAACACCUAAGUAAAGACUACAAUUUUCGUCAAGUCUCUGCUGCUCAAUAUCGGGAUGAAGCAAUUCGGGAUGCUUUCAUUAGUGGUCUAUUGUCGGGAAGCAUUCGACAACGUUUACUGGAGAAUAAACAGUUGGAUUUACAAACGGCAGUUGAUCAAGCUCGAGCUUGGGAUUUGGCACAAAAAUCAUCGGAGACAUACAAUUCGAAUCCCUUCACAAGCGCUGCUGUUACGGCAUCUAACGGACAUGACGAAAAUAAUGAAGAAGGACUAAGCGAGAGGUAUUUAGCCUCCACUUCACGUUCCGCUAAGUGCUUCUUUUGUGGUAAUAAGCAACACCCCCGGUCAUUAUGCCCUGCGAAAGAAGCUAUUUGUAAUAAAUGUAAAAAAAGAGGGCACUACCAAAGAGUUUGCCGUUCUUCAGCAGUAGUCUCUAAUUUAACGCAAUCAGCUCACAUAACUCUAGCUGCAAUGGGGGAGUCAUUGCUAAGUUCAUGUAUUGACAUUCGUUUAAAAGAAAGAACUGUUACAGCUCUGGUAGAUUCAGGAAGUACUCAUUGCUUCAUACAUCCUGAUUUGGUUGAGCAACUUUCAUUGACAGUUCAUCAGACCAAAGAAAAGUUACGAUGGCUACAAGUAAUUAUUCCACAAAAAUGCAAGGAUAUUGUCUUAGUGAUAUCACGUUAA